CCCCACCAUCCUCCAUUGCCUUUCGAUCGGCCAGACAUUCCCGACUUCUAGCCGGCCAUGGCUUUACGGCCACCUUCGACGCUGCGCUUUACUCUGACGCCAUUUCUCUACCCUCGCCUAAUCAGUCACCAUGUGCCUCCUGUGCGAUUCGUCGCCCAGCGGAUCCAACGCUUCUCGCAGACCUGCCUCCACUACGACGAAUCCGUCAUCGAUGACCCUGCACUCGCCUCAACCACAAAUCCCGAUCAUCCGCAACAUCACUUCACCUCAGCGCCGUUUAGCGACUUGCGACCAGUAGCUAUUGCUGCCGGCGACGGUGGCCACGGCUGCAUCUCUUUCCUCCGCGAGCUUUUCAUUCCGGAGGGACCGCCAAACGGCGGCUCUGGCGGUGCUGGUGGCAGUAUCUACAUCCAGGCGGUCUAUGGCGAGACCUCGUUGCAUAAGUUGGGUCGGCAAGGGGUUAUUAAAGCUGGCAAUGGGUCCAACGGGCGGGGCAGCAAUCUUGGUGGAAGGCGGGGGGAUGACGUGGUGAUCCGGGUGCCGGUCGGGACGAUAGUUCGGGAGAUAUCGAGAUGGGACCCCGAUGACAAGGAGGAGAUGGAGGAAGGAACGCACGGAGAAAAUGAUAAAUGGACGCACUACCCACAAGCUGUCGAACACAACUUAAGGGAUCCUCACUUCGUUUCGGCGGAAUACCCAAUAAACCACCACAAGAGCGCGAGUCAGUUGCUCAAGCAAACGCACCCUACACGAGUGUUCUUGGAUCUGGAUAAACCAUCGCCGCAACCAAUAUUGCUUAUUCCCGGAUCCCCCGGCGGUCUCGGAAACCCUCACUUCAUCACACCCACCGUGCGCCGGCCCAAGUUCGCAACAAAGGGAAAUAAGGGCGCAAAGAUGAAGCUCUUACUGGAACUGAAAGUGCUCGCAGACGUAGGGCUAGUCGGCCUUCCCAACGCUGGAAAAUCCUCCUUUCUCCGAGCCGUAUCUGGUCGCAAAGCGCGGGUGGGCGAAUGGGCAUUUACCACGCUCACGCCAAACAUUGGAACGAUCGUGAUGGCAGAUAAGGACCUUCCAGCGCACGUCACAGAAGGCGAAGACCAGCUUCAACCCCGCUUCACAAUCGCCGACAUUCCAGGUCUGAUCGCGGACGCGCACAUGAACAAGGGUCUCGGCCACGGGUUCCUCCGACAUGUGGAGCGUGCCCGCGUCCUCGCUUUCGUGCUGGAUUUGAAUCGGCCUGAUCCUGUUGCGGACCUCGAGUCGCUGUGGGCGGAGGUCAUCGCCUACGAAGAGGGCGCGGAUAACCUCGAGGGUACGGGAAUGAUGGCGGAGAUGGGCGGCGACUACGUCAGUGAAGAGAAUAGGCAGAAUCUUCAUCCCGAGCUCAAAAGCAAACUAGCCCCAGAGGAGGAGGAAGAGUUGGUGACAUUCACCGGCAUUGUGCCUGGAUGGGGCUCGCUCGCAGCGCAAGAGCAGGCGCCGGCCGGUGAAGUAGCGCGCAAGAGGGAAAAGAUGAGCACCAAGCCGUGGUUCGUGAUCGCCAAUAAGGCGGAUCUCGAGGGAACAGAGGAGAAAUAUUGGGCGCUAAAACAGCAUCUGGAGGCGAAGGCAGCUCGCGGAGAUGGAGAGGAGAUAGGGUUGAUACCGAUGAGUGCGCUGCGGGAGGAAGGAGUGGAUGGGGCUGUUGAGUGGAUGAAGGGCAUGUUAGGCUUCUAGAUAGUAAGCAGUGGAGCAAUUGAGUCAAGAAAAGACUUUGGCAGGUGGAUAGCCGGAUUACUAGGCAAGAAUGAAUGAGCAAAGUACAGAGUGCCCGCCGUGGUGCUAAAAAGUGAU